AUGGUGCUGACCCGAGGGUGCCUCAACAACUUGCAUCGCUGCUGGUUCGAGCUCGGCAGUCAAGCUGAGGCCUUGCGCUCCGAGAACCGUGUGCUCAAGGCCCAGAUCCAUGACCUGACGAUGCCAAGUCGAGUCUGCACCAAGGACAUUUUCGAGUCGGAGGAACAAAGGUCUGGCAGCCAAAGCAGGCCUGACAGCAAAAGCGUGCCCGAAGAGCAAGCGCCGAUGCUGCCGGGAGCCUUCCCAGAAGACCUCGAGAUCGUGGGAGCCAGCGCCAACUUCGAGGACUCAAGGGCAGACUCCAGCAAGACCCUGACGCUGGAUACGCUGGAUACGCGAGUUCCAAGUCCCAAACCAAGGCGUCGAGUGCAGGUAAAGGCGGCCCGAGAGAGCCUACGAGCACGGACCUUCGGGCUAAAGGAGUCCGUGAACGUCUCGCUUUCCGCAGCCCGUCUCGGCAUGCUGACGCAGCGGGAGAUUCUGAUGGAAGAGUUGGAAUCCCAGGCCAGCAUGCGCCGAAUGAUGUCGGCCUUUGUGCCUGCUGGAGAGUUCGAGUCUCGCCGCCACAACGUCCUGCAAGCGAUCUCCAGGCACAUUGUUUUCAAAAUUCUGGUGAUGGUUGCCAUCCUCGCCAACUCGUGCUACCUGGGCUAUGACGCUGACCUCCAGGUUCGGAACAGUUUCCGGCGGAUCCAGAGCCAAGACACCGCGGCCUUGCUACCGGCGGCGGACGUCGUGUUUCCGGUCAUUUUUGUCGUCGAGCUGUUUAUUCGACUUGGCGCAGAACGGCGCAGUUUCUUCGAGGGCGAGGAGAAGUGGUGGAAGCUGCAGAACAAGGGCAUGAGGCUAGAACCGGAGGUCCUGGUGCUGAACUCCGGCCUGGAGAGCUUCACCACCUUUGCCAACUUCAGCUUCCUGCGGAUCCUCCGCGUUUUCCGACUCGUGCGCCUGGUCCGGGUCGUACGGAAUGUGAAGAGUCUCAAGUCACUGCGGACGAUGAUCUUCGCGUUGAUCAACUCCUUUGUGUCCCUGCUCUGGGCUUUCGCGAUGAUCUGCCUGAUCAUCUUCAUCUUCAGCAUCCUCUUCUGCAAUGGUGUUGCCGCUCAUAACAACACGCUUUCAGUCGAGUUGGACAGCCACGGCAACGUCACGACCUCUGAAAGCUACGCCAUGGUGCAAGAGGCCCUCUUGGCUCUCGACCACUUCGGUGGGCUGUGGCCAACGUGCAUCAGCCUCUUCAGUGCUGUGACAGGCGGCAAUGAUUGGAUGAUGUAUGGGGAGAUGCUGAGGAGACUGCGGGCUGACGAGGGGGACUUCACUGGAGAGCUGUAUUUCAUGGUCUUCGGCUUUUACGUGGCUUUCUGCAUGAUCGGCCUCCUGAAUGUGGUCACCGGUAUCUUUGUGGACAGCGCCGUGUCCACUCGAACCGAGGAUGAGGUUGUUGAUGCCUUCACAGAAACAAUGGCUUCGCGAUGUCGCGAAGUUCGGCGCAUCUUCAACGAGGCAGAUGUCGAAGGCAAGGGGGCUCUCACCUACGAGCAGCUCAAGGACCAAUUGAGCAACCCCUGGGUGAAGGCGUAUUUCCAUGGACUGGACAUCGAUCCCAACGAGGCAGCGAUCAUAUUCACCCUGAUGGAUACCGACCACAACGGAACCGUAACUGCAGAUGAGUUUAUUGAUGGCACCAUGAAGCUCAAGGGCUCUGCCAAGAGUGUGGACAUGCUUCUGCUCAUGUUCGACCAGGUCCGGUUUACCACCAAGUUUAACUUCCUGUGCUCCUUCAUUGAGGACGAGCUGCGAGGCAUCAAGUCGGUGCUUACCCCAGGGGGUGCAAGCAAAAGCGUGCCGGCAAAGAUCUUCAAGGCACCAGACGGCACAGCCUCCAAGGGAGACAUGGAGUUCGUGGACUUGCUUGAGCCGGAUUCGCAAAGGUGA